AUGUUUGAAUCAGACUCCUCUGAUUCAACUGAUAGCGAUAAUAACAACGUGUUUCCUUUUUAUAACCCAUAUUUGAGAAUGCAUCGAGCAAAUUUACAUUUAGAAGUUUUGAGUUCUUCAGAUAGUGAAAGUGAUUCAAGUAUUGAAGAACAUCCCCUUCAGUUUUUUAGUUCUACAUCUAGCAGUGAAGUAAGAUUUUAACUUCAAUAAUAUAUUUUGUUUUUAUUAAUUUUAUUUUACUAAUUUAGAAUGACGCACAAUUAUGCAACUCCUCUGAAGAUUUAGAUCAUCUAUCUGAUGUCUCACAAAGUGAAUCAUUAGUUCAAUCAACAUAUACAGGGAAUAUUAAAAACAAUAGGGUUGCUCCUAAGACAAGUUCUGAAAAUUUUCUUCAUAGACUCUAUAAAAGGUUAAAAAUAAAUGUUUCAUUCAAUUCAAUAAUAAUUAAUAUAUUUGUAAUGUUUUUAGAGAAAUUGGUGAUUAUAACAACUGUGCUAAGUGGAGUAAUAAAUUCUAUCAAUCAGUGGUUACUGUACAAAAACUUAAAUUAAGUAAACAAUUAAAAGAACACCAUGGAUGUGUGAAUUCACUUGACUUUAAUUAUUCUGGCAAUAUAAUAGUUAGUGGAUCUGAUGAUUGUAAAAUAUGCCUAUGGAAUUGGGCUCAAGGAAAAUGUAUUAUCAAAUAUAAUAGUGAACAUUCUGCAAAUAUUUUUCAGGUAGAUUAACUUUUACCUAUAUAAUGGUCAAUAUUACUCUCACUAUUUUGACCCAGUGAAAUACAGAUAAUCAAACAGUAGUUUAAUCAUUACAAUAGUUAUAAUGACAUUAAUUGUAUGUAAAUAUGUGUAAUUAAAAAUAUAAAUAUGUAAAAAAAAAAAUAAAAACAUUAUUUUGUCUUCGAAAACUCUAAAUACAAUAUUUAUAUAAAAUUCCAUAAUGGAGAAAAUUGUAUACCGAUAAUGUUUUAUUUAAUUCAUUAUUAUUUCUCUAGACUAAAUUUCUUAUUACUCAAGGAGACAACCAUAUUAUAUCAAGUGCUCGAGAUGGUAGGGUCGCAUUAUAUACUUUGAAUAACACAGAUGUUAUUUAUCAUAAUACAAUAGCACGUCAUGAAGGCUCUUGUAACAAACUUGGUGUACACAGUGAAUUGCCAUAUGUGGUUUUAAGUUGUGGAGAAGAUGGAAUUGUUAAAAAUAUUGAUAUUCGAGAAUCGGAUUUUCAAAAAGUGAAAGUUACAAAGUAAGAAAAAAAUAUUUAAUAAUUUCUGUUUCCAUUUUCAAUAGGUAUCUAUUUACAAUGGUUUAUAUUUUAUAUUUAACAGUUAAUUAGAUCUUGAGUUUUUAACAAUUAUAGAAUAAUUCUUAAAGUUUUUUCAGGCAACAACUAUUGAUUUUAUAAUUAUUAUGUUAUUGUUAAUAUAUGGGGGGUUCCCCAUAUAUAUUAAAAAAUAUGGGGGGGAACCCCCAUAUUAAUAUACUACAUCAAUUGUAUUUUAUGUUUUUGUCAGAGAUCACUUCAACUUUUCCUUAACAAGUAAAUCUUACAAACUGCAUAGUGUAUUUGAAGGUGUCAUUAAUAUAACCAGACUGCUUUAUUUUUUUUGAAUUGUUCAGGACGAACAAAACAAAAUUAGUUUAUUCAAAAUAAUACAUUUUUAAUAUAUUUUCAAACCAAAAUGUAGAUUUUUCUUCAAUGAAUAAUAUGCCAUGGUAAUUAAUCCAAUUUUUGAUGAAAAUGGAGCUGCCUGGUUAUUACGUUGACACUGUACGUGUUGACACACGCCAUAUGAAUUGACUAUUUAAGAAUUAUUAUUUAUUUGAUCAGCCCAUUUUCUCAAUAAACUCCCUAAACAAACGCCUCCGCUUCCUUCAUCCACUGAUAAUUUCUAACCAAAUUAAUUUAGCAAUCAAACUACUUAUCUACUAAUCUCUUGGUUAUGUAGGAUAAAAAUCUCUAUGAAAAUACCAUAUUUAAUGAUUAUCACAGAGAAUACUGUGACUGGAAUUAAUCAAGUUUUAUUAAUUAUUUCAGUUGUUUCAGAUUAAAUUUUUACAAAAUAACUGGAAAAUAAAAAUAUAUGAGCUGAAAUAAUUCAUAGGCAAAUAUCAAAAAAAAAAUUAAAAUUAAAUUUAGAGACAAUAUUUAUUGAACUAUAAAUAUUGUGAUUGUAGUUGCAGAUUUUAAAUGGGUAAACAUUAAAUGUAGACCUCUGUUGAUAAUCUUGCAUUAUAUCUUUGUCAUACUAUUUGAGUUUAGAAUUAUAUAAUUUAAAAACACAUUUGUGUAAGUCUGAAAGAUUUAUUAUUUAUUAUUUAUAGUUCUAGAAUCUUGUAUACAAAAUAGUCAUGCAGACUUUUUGCGUUUACACUCUUAACACAUUAUUUAAAACAUAAUCGUUAUCACCCUGUUAUUCAAUUUAUUUAUUAAAAUUGAAAAAAUCUGAGAGUUAUAAUUUGGAAGUUGGAACUGCCAAGUAUAGUUGUGCCCAUAGUACUAUUAAUUUACAACUUGUCUUUGUAACUGGUAUUUAAUUAUUGUUUACAUUAUAAAUAUCCAGUGUUAAAUCAAUACAUUUCUCGCUAUGCUCAGAAUCUAUUGUUUGUAUCUUCUCAUAGUUAUAAUUUUUCUGUUUACUAGUGUACUUAAUCUGAGAAACGCUCCCGGUAACAUUAUGGCUAUUUAUGGUAUUGAUAUUAAUCCUAUAAAGCCAUGGGAAUUUAUUAUUUACGGUGAUGAUGAAUAUGUAAGAAUGUAUGACAAAAGACACAUACCUUCAGGACCAGCUAAAAUAUUCCGCCGUCCUUCUGUUAGUAUAAAUAUAUUAUAAAUAAAUGUAAUUAUUUACUCACCAUUUUUAUCAUUUCUAGACCAUAGACGAUAAUGGUUAUGCUUCAAGAACAAUAUCACAUAUUACAUCUGCUGUGUACAGUUAUUGUGGAACUGAAAUUUUAGCUUCGUAUAGUGAAGAUGAUAUUUAUUUAUUUGAUGCUAAUGGUUCACCAGAAACUUGUUUACAUCAUUACACAGGGCAUCUUAAUAGAAUGACUGGUGUGCUAUUUUAGUUAAUACUUACUUAACUAAGGCUAAUUUAUUUAUUUUUAGUUAAAGGUGUUAACUUUUUUGGACCUAGAAGUGACUAUGUGGUAUCUGGUUCAGAUUGUGGUUAUAUAUUUAUGUGGGAUAAAAAUACUGAAGUUAUUGUCCAGAGAAAACACGCAGAUAUAAAAGGAGUUGUAAGUUUACACAUUCUAGCUACAUAAAUUAUAUUUAUGUUGAUAACUAAUAAUUUAUUUUUUUAGGUAAAUGUAUUAGAGGCACAUCCACAUUUACCAACUUUAGCCACUAGUGGAUUAGAUCACACUAUCAAAAUAUGGGAACCCUUAAAUACGUGGCAUCAACUAAAUAGAAAAAAAUUAAAAUCGGUAAAUUAAAUAUUUAUUUGUGUUUGAAUAGCUAUCUACAGAUACAAGUUAUUUCUAUCUCUAUAAAUAUUGUAUAUAUGUAUUUUAUACAAAUCUACAGUUUUAUUCCGAUCUUGAUAACAUUUGGACACUAACUACUUUUUGUCCUGAAAUUCAAUACUUAAAUAGCCCAUACUAGAUUUUACUUUCUGAACGCAACGAGGAAUGUAUUGCUUUUACUAUAAUAUUUAUUUUAUUUUUGUGUCUGUGUAUAUCUUUCUAUCAAAAAUCUUGCUUAAAUAGAAAAAUGACGACAAAAUUUUUUUUUACCACAUUUUUGGCCUAGUUGGCGCAUUCGUAAAGAUUUUUUUUUAAUUUUCCAAGAAGUUUUUAAGAUAAUUUAAAAUAAAAACUUAUAGGAAAAAUGGAUACAUUUUUGGAAAAAAAUGUUUUAUUAUUUUGUUAAUUUUGUAAUUUGGUAAAAAUAAUUUUAGAGACCUGAAAUUGAAUGAGUAGAUUCCUCUAUUAAUUUAAAUCAGGCAAUAAUAUAUAAUUGAGAUAGGAGUAGAAUAGAAAUAAGUAAAGAUCCUAAAUUGAACUUGUUUUUAUUGAUUUCAGUUUUUGAAAGUAUUUUUUAAAAAAUUCAGCUUUUAAAUGAUAAAAAAGAGCAAUCAAAUUAGCAUAGUGCUAGGUUAUCAGCUAAAUUAUCUAGUGUCAUCCAUAUAGUUAUGAAUCAAAAAUGUACAUUUGUAUUUCAUUAACUGUAAGUUUUAUGUAACAGAUUUUAAGAUAAUAAUUGUUUGAUAAAGUAAAUAGAUAAGCAUAAGAAAUUUGUUAGUGAGUGAAGUCUGUUGAUUCAGCUAGUUUAUAUUAUAAAAAAUGUAUAUAUAUAUAUAUAUCAUGUAGGAAUAUCAGGAAAUUAAAAUUCUCAAUACAGUAAAAUUGUCCAGUAUAUUUAAUUAUUUCCUAACAUUAGCAGGAAAUAGUAACUGUAAUUGUAUUAGGACAUUGGAUUGGUAUAUGGUUUGAAAAACAUUUUUGUAUGCAUGUCAUUUUAGAUACAAUCCAAUUUUAGUAGACUUAAUCAUUUAACUAAAUCAAGUGAUCAUUUAUGAGUUAUCACAGACAAUUUAAAUUUCAUAUCCAUACUUAGAUAAUAACCCCUUUUUACUCUAGUUUGCAUUUUACCUUAUGUCUCAAAAUUGUUGAAGAUAAAUAGUGGACCAUCUGUAUUUAUAUAUAUAUAUUAAUAAAAGGAAGUGUUUAUUUAUUCUUGUGCAUUCUGUAACCAGGAGCAGACUGGGACUAAAAAUGUCACCGAGAUAUAGAUCUAGAGUGACCACAUAAGUAUAUUGUUUGUAUAUAAAAAGAUAAUUAUACUAUCAAUUGUUGAACUUCUUAAAAUUUAGAAGUGAUGUAAACUAAAUGGACUAUAAGUUUUGAAGAAAAGUUGAAUCAUUUUUCCAAAAUAGAAAUAGCUUUGUCAAUUGUAAAUUUAAAAUACCUUUUCCUAGUAAGAACUAUUUUGAAUUGAAUAAACUUGUCUAAUAAUGACCUUGCUGUAAAUCACAUCGACAAAUUAAAUUCCAAAGAGGAAGACAUUUCUUCUACAGUAUCAGAUUUCCCCACUUGUCGAAUAAUUCAAUUUAUUCAUGUCACAUCUCCUGUAAACCCCAAGAGCUGUCACUGUAACGUCCACAGGCCACAUGGCCAAAUUAGGCACUGGCCCACCGGGAAAUUUCUCUGCAUCCUGGCAGCCCAGUCAGCUAGGUCUGUGUGCACCUUGAGCCAGAUUUCAAAAAUUCAACUCUUAAAGGCUAGAAAGUUUAAAUUUGGAAAAUAGUUUAUUGGAAACGUAUUUUGAUGGAAUCAUAUUUUGUCUAUAUAUAAUAUUUUGAUAAUGAUAAAUGAUAAAAAUUAUGUUAUCAUUAAAAAAUUAUUGUAACAGUUCCGAUAAAUACAUUUCUAACAAAAUAUGCUUCCUACAAAAAAAAUUGUCCACAUUAAUAUGGUUCUGAGCAUUUUUCAAUGUUUUACACACACGCACGACUCCACGUUUUAUUUUUGUUAUUUACCUACACUACAGUGUAGAAGCCAAAUGUAAAAUUAUUGUUUUUAAUUUUCUUCUUGAUAUUUUGUAUGCAAUUAUAUUAUACGUUAUUUAUUAAAUUUAUAGAAUUAUUAUGUUAUACAUAGAUAUAAACUUUUAUUUUAUUUUUAUACAACACUCAAUAUUUUGAAAGAUAUUAAUGUUUAAAAAUAAAUAUAUUGUUUGACAAUUUAAGUACAAGCUUCUCUAAAAUGUUAUAUUAAAAUCAUAUUUAUUUGUUUUUACCUUUAUUUGUGAAGGUGAAAUGACUACCAUAUAUAUUAUCUAUAUUUUAUUAAAAUUGUAAUUUUAGAAGUAGUAUGAUUAUUUAACUAAUUUAAUUUAAAAUAAUAUUUAAUUUGUUUAUUAUUUAUAGAGUCUGCUGAAAAAUCAAAAGGAAAGAGAUCGAAGAGCUCCUAGUGCUUAUCAUCAGGACUUGUUUUUAUUUUAA